CUCUCUUUUUCUUUCUUUCCGAUGGGGAAGAGAGGGUGGUGACAACUUAGAAGCGCUUGCGGCAGGUCCCCGCCCGCAGGAUCAGGCUCCCCCUGCAAGGGGACGAUGCAAAGGUAAAAGCACCUCGCUCCGCAGCAUCCAGACCUGGAGGGGCUGCGACCACGGGCCGAGCCCACCCAUUCCCCAGCCAAAGGACGGGCCCGCCGCUCUCCAUGGUACUGCGGAGAGCUCAGCUCCGCCCUUCUCUUUCAGAAGGACAGCACCCGGCGUCACGUAACCCAGCCUUCUCAGGCUCCACCACCGCCUUUUCCUUCCCAGCUCUUUCCGUCUCCUCCCCCUCCUCCUCCUUCUCCUCCUCCUCCUCCUCCUGCUCCCCUCCGUUGCCUGUUCUCCCCUCCCGCACUCCUGGAGAUAGACGCUCAAGCCUGACGCCUCUGAAAAGGCAGCAGCAGUCGCCUUAUCCAUAGACCUCAGGAAAUUCGCUUUGACCGAUGCAUGCUUCAGGCUCUGGUUCAAGCUAAGGGGAAUAACCGGGCAGAUGUCUGAGUCCUUAAAAAAGACAAGAUAAAACCAAAAUGCAUCACCAACACACAACCAAUUGAUGUGCUGGCAUCUUAGCUUGGCCCUGCAGAGGCAGAGAGAAAAGAAGAGGAGCUGUUGCGAUUUCCACAUCUAACAGCUUCUGGCUAUUUCGCAACUGCUGGGUUUGAGUCCUACUGUUGCCGUGGCUGAAAAGAGAAGUAAAAUCCAACUUGUGAGACCAUGCACAAGGAAUUAGGCUUUGGCUGCAGCGGUGCUGAAGCCCAUGUUAUGACAGAAGAAGCAGGCCUUUGAAGCUAUCCUCGGGUUAAGAAGUGGUGCCCUAAAGAGGCAAGCAUCCCUUUCUCCGUUCUGCUUUAAGACAUCACAUCUGAAGGAGACACACUUGAGGCAUUCACAAGCAUCCAAGGAUACUGGCUCACUGCUGGCUUCCUGUACUUUCUUGAGAAAAGUGUUCUCUUUUUACUGACUCUCACUGCUUCCUUUUGGCCUGGUACCACUGGUGGAACCUGGCAGAUAAUGGGAUUUGAGGAGUUAAGUAUCUGUUGACACUGCAGAUACUCUUAAAUUAGUUAAUCAGACUCAAAUGGGUCAGUGCUUUCCCUUGAUCUUUUGUUGAAGCCUUUUCCAGAACGUUGCCUCCAAAGUGCAUCCUCCCUUUGGUCUGGAAGUUCUGUGGCUACCCUGUACCACUGGGGUCAACGUUUUCCAGUUGGAAGAGGACUACAGGGAGAGAGGGCGGGGUUAUUGGAAGAAGAAGAAGAAAAAAAGAACUAGAUAAAGGAGGGCACAUCCCUCUCACUCCCGCCUUUCCCCUUACCUUUCUGUCUCUCGGGACCCUUAUUUCUUCGUCACGGUGUCCAGGACCAUUUUGACCCUGUCGGCCCCGGCACCCCCCCGCCGCACCCCAGCCCCGAGCAUGGGGACGGCGCUGCUCCAGCGCGGGGGCUGUUUUCUUCUGUGCCUCUCGCUGCUGCUCCUGGGCUGCUGGGCGGAGCUGGGCAGCGGGCUGGAGUUUCCGGGCGCCGAGGGCCAAUGGACGCGCUUCCCCAAGUGGAACGCCUGCUGCGAGAGCGAGAUGAGCUUCCAGCUCAAGACGCGCAGCGCCCGCGGCCUCGUGCUCUACUUCGACGACGAGGGCUUCUGCGACUUCCUGGAGCUGAUUCUGACGCGUGGCGGCCGCCUGCAGCUCAGCUUCUCCAUCUUCUGCGCUGAGCCUGCGACGCUCCUGACCGACACGCCGCUUAACGACGGCACCUGGCACAGCGUGCGCAUCCGCCGCCAGUUCCGCAACACCACGCUCUUCAUCGACCAGGUGGAGGCCAAGUGGGUGGAGGUCAAGUCCAAGCGCAGGGACAUGACGGUGUUCAGCGGCCUUUUCGUCGGGGGGCUGCCCCCGGAACUGCGCGCCGCGGCGCUCAAGCUCACCCUGGCCUCGGUGAGGGAGCGGGAACCCUUCAAGGGGUGGAUUCGUGACGUGAGGGUCAACUCCUCGCAGGUCCUGCCCGUGGACAGCGGCGAGGUGAAGCUGGACGAUGAGCCGCCCAACAGCGGCGGGGGAAGCCCGUGUGAGGCGGGCGAGGAGGGCGAGGGCGGGGUGUGCCUCAACGGAGGUGUGUGCUCCGUGGUGGACGACCAGGCCGUGUGCGACUGCUCGCGAACCGGCUUCCGCGGCAAGGACUGCAGCCAAGAAGACAACAAUGUGGAAGGUCUGGCGCACCUGAUGAUGGGCGACCAAGGUAAAAGUAAAGGUAUUACAUUAUUUUAUUUCUUCUUAAUAUCAUCUGUAUGAAUUACAGUGUGUCUGAGUUACAUAAAUGUAUUUAGACCUUUUGGCAUUGGUAAUGGGCACUGGGAGGUAGGUAUAUGUGUUAAUAAAUAUUUUAUAAACUUAAGGUAAGAAAAAUCCAUCAAUAUGUUUCCAUUUUCGCCCCCACCCUUUUUUUUCUCUUUAGAGUGAUCUUUUUCAUCUCAGAUGCUCACAUAAUUAAUAUAUUUAAAGUUUUGGUGUCAGUUUCUGCAGUAUCAUUUAAUGGUACUUAAAUAAGUGUAGGAACUGUAAAUAUGUGAUCUUCAAACAUUCAGCUCUGGAGCACACCUGCCCUAGCCAUCGUGUAUUAAGACAUAAGUCUAAGCAUGUGCACCACUGAAAUGGUACUGCUGUGGGUGCAUCAUCUUGUCUGCUAGAUGUCAUUUAUGCACAUGAACACUGUAGUAACCUAAAAAGGCAGUAUUAAGAAAGAGACAAACAGAGGAGCGAGACAUUUCUCUUUAUGCAUACUAACUUUGUUUUAAGGGCAUUAUCAACUAGCUAUGCAUUCCCGCAUUGCUUGGUAAGUCAGGCAUGUGUACUCUUUGAUGAUGUUGGUACGAAAUCUAGAAGCAUGUGUAAUUUGCCAUUUAAAACCAUCCUCAUUGUGUUUAAUGUUGUCAUUAAAAGGAAGUAAGUGGUAUGCAGCUGUGGCAAACAUAUAGAAUAGUCUUUAAAUCAACCAUUUUUAACUGUGUGUUAGUGAAUGUUUCUAUUUAGUUUCUGUUUUUAAAUUAUUAUUAUUAGUUUAAAUGCAGGAAUAUCUUUAUUCUUUCCUGUGUUCUCAGUGUUAAUCUGGUGAAUUGGGACCACAGUUCACAGUUCUGCACCUUUAUGUUUGUGUCAUCUAGCAGGAAAACUUUUCUGCUUGAAAAAGCAUCUGAACAUGAGCCAGGCAAUAUGUAAGAAAUGAUAUCAAUUUUAAAUGUGUAAAAUAGAGCUUUGGAAACAAAUGCUGUUUGAAUACUUUGAUCCAACAACAUAGGUUAUCACAGUUUUGGUUUUGGCAGCUAUUUUCAAUAGUAUAAUUUAAUCUCAUAUUAAGUCUCUAGCAACUAUGCAAAUGACAGUAUGUAUCAAUUAUUUUAGAGGUUUUGUGUACCAUUUUGAGUGCUUUCUAAACAUUUUUACUUGAGGUCAAAAUCUCAUCCACUGCGUUCUCUUAAGUGGGCGUUUCUCAUCAUAUUCUUUAGUUUGUGGACUUAGGAUGGCAUAGAGGGAAGAAUAUACUUUAUCUUACUGGCUGAGUAAAGUAUAUGUAUAUGUGUUUGUAUGUAUGCAUAUGUGUAUUUGUAUGGAUGCAUGUAUAAAUACACAAUUUCUAAGUAUAUACACUCGUAUAUUUGUUAUUUUGUGAAAAAGUAACUUAAAAUAAUUUUUUAAUUAUUCAACCAUUUUCUACAUAUGGAAUAGUUCAUGUUUAUACUCAGCUGAUAUUUGUUUUGGUGUACUUAAUGUUAAGUGUCACUUAACUUUAUUCAGUUUUUCUAUGUCAGUCUUAAAUGUUUUCUGUUGGCAUGUGUGUCAAACAUUAUUUUUUAACUUCACCAGUUUUCAUCAGAUUUUGUUCCUCAAUAAGCACAAAGACACAGAGGACAGGAAUUUGUUUUUUUCAUUGCAUUCUUCUUCUAUUAUUGGGACGAGUAAACUUUUUGCUGUUAAAUGGAGAGAGAAGAUUUUUAAAUGGACUUGAGUAUUUUGCAAAUCAGAUUGGUACCCAUUUCAUAUUGUUUAAUUAGAUGUAGAGAAAUGAGAAAGGUGAUUGUAAGUCUUCUCUAUUUGCAGAUUAAUUCAACAAAUCUAUAUUCUAGAGCAGAAAUACAAUCAUGACUAUGACAUGGCAUCCACAGAGUGUUCAUAUAACAAGGAAAUGAAAACAUGUGGGCAAGUUAGAAUGAAUGACAGAAUGGAAGUGCUGUGAGACUGGUACAAAGUGAAGUAGGAAUUCAGAAAAAGGAAAGCAUAACAUCAAUCCAAGUCUGUCUUAUGUGAAUAUCCCCACCUUGUGCCAUCUGUUGGAGGAAUUAAAAAAAAAAUCUGGAAAAAACAAUUUAGGAACUUUACAUUGCAGUUUCCUAUGUGGAGUUAAAUCCUAGUUGUGCAUAAAAUCGGGGUUAAGUCUGGACAGUUUGUGUAACUGAUUUACAGUGUAAACUUAUGUUUCCUAAAUUUUUAUAUCUCAAUAUAAUCAUGGAGCAAUUUUCUCAAUUUUCCCACUUUUCUCUUGUGUGAGUAGUGAAUUCAGGGGAUCUGGAAUGAAGUUUUGUGGAUUAAUGUCUUUCUUUAUGAAAAAAAAGACUAGAAAAAAAUAGAUUCAAGAACAUCUUCAUUAUUUUGAUUUCUUCUUUAUGAAUUCUUAAAUAUUUUCUAACUGUUUAAAUGUCCAGUGAUAGAUGAAUAUAUUUCAUUAAAAAAUAAUUAGCACAUGUAAAAAGAACAUGCCUUUUGAUAACCUUCUUCAUCCUCCUCUCAAGUCCUUUCUCUCGAGGUAAGCACUGGUCUCACUUUGUGAUGUGUCCUUACAGAGUUGAUGUUGAUCCUUCUGUGCUCCAUAACAACUCAGGGUUUGGAAACUGCAAAAUCCCUUAUCAUGUGUACAUGACAAAAAUGGCGAAGUCAGCUGGAGACAUGUUAGAGACCACUGCUAUGGGCUGGCAGAAUCACAAUGAAUUAAACACGAGUUUACUCAUUCUUCUCAUAGGCCAUAGUGCCUCCUAUUUUUAAUUAGUCAUCCUGUUUCAAACUUUAGAGUCAGUCUGUUACUUGUGUUUUUUACAUUCCCUAAACAAAGAUAUGUCACCUUUAACUGGAUAUGGUUAAGAAUAAACUUUGAAUGAAUUAUAGUUUUCUUUGGGGCAGCUGAAGAUCUGUUAUUCAAAGCCAACCUUACUUUUGCUGGUUGUGGGUAGAUGGAUUCAAAUAGUCUUCAUGAAAUUUGGAUCACAUUUUUUUGGGGCUUGAAAUUUGUCAAUGAUAUUGUUGUUAGGAUCAUUGAUAAUGCUAAUUUUAUUCUCCUUUCUAUUUAGAAUUUAGGUUUAUCUAUUUGCCUUGAAUGAAGUAUGUCUUUUCUCUUUUGUUCUUGUUUCUUUUCCUAUGUAUGUGUAACUGGUCACUUCAUUCCAAUAAUUGCUUUGAUUGUUUAUUUAUAUUUUGCUUUAAUGGCUUAUCAGAAAUGAAUGACUAUUUAAAUUACAAAAAAGUCAAAAUAUGUUAUACAUGAAAAUCAAGCCAUAAUAGCUGGUUAAUAGCUCAGGAGCACAAGUUAAUAAUUAUCAGCGAAUGUUGGCACUUUGAUUGGAGGCUUGUACUUUUCCUUCAUAAGUCAUCAUAAUUGUAAUUACAUAUUUGUAUUUGUGAUUAUACUUAAUGUUAACUUUUCCUAGUAGAGUGUAAGCUCUAUGAGGGCAGAAAGCUUGUCUUUCUCUUUGACCAUUGUAUUUCCGGAACAUUUUUCUUAUUGUAUCUUGAAUUUGCCAUUUUCAUGACUUAAAUGUAUUUGUUUGGGGGCGGUGGUUUCAACUGUCCAUUUUAAAGAGUCAAAUGGACAUUUACUGUUUAAUUAUCCAGGCUUCUCAUGUUACUAGAAGAGCAAAAUAUUACAAGUAGAACUGAAAAGAAUAUAGUUACACAUUCUGAAAGUGCAUAAGCCUUAUUCCCUUUGUGAAGAGUAGAUCUUAAAUUAGUAUAAUUUAUAAAAAUAAUAAAGGUAGAUUUUUCUCAAAACUAAUUGUUAAAGCUAAUUGUAAUUGUUAAGACCUGGAUACAACUCUUCCACCUGAACUAACUGAUGAGUAAUAUCUAAUAUUACCAUGUGCUUUAAAUUUUUAUCUAUACUGUCAUACCACAAUAAUAUUUCAUUAAACUUACUCUUAUAAUAGAUUUGAUAUUAUUAAUACUUAGAAAAGAAUAAAGCAUUUGGUGUUUUUUUAAUACAUUUUCUUUUGUCUUUGUCUUAGUCCAUUUGGGCUUCUAUAUAAAAAUACCAUAAACUGGGUAGCUUGUAAGUAACAGAAACUUAUUUCUCAAACGUCUGGAGGCUGGGAAGUCCAAGACCAAGGGCUGACACAGUCGGUGUCCAGUGAGAUUUUGCUUCCUGGUUCAUAGAUCACUACCUUCUCUUUGUGUCCUCACUUGAAAGGGAGCAAGAGAGCUCUCUGGAGUGUCUUUUAUAAGGACAGCAAUCCCAUUCAUAAAGGCUCUGCCCUCAGGACCUAAUCAAAUCCCAAAAUCCCCCUCUCCUAACCCAUCAUUUUGUGGGUUAGGAUUUCAGUUUAUCAAUUUUAGAAAGAUACAACAUUCAGAUCACACAGUUUCCAUGAUUUUUAUUUUUAUACCAUUUUCAAGUCCUGUGUUGCUAUAUAGCGAAUUUGUCUGUGAAGUGCACAACUUCCAGUUACUAAAAUCCUAAUGCAUAUUUGUUUUAUGCUUUUUAAAAUAUAUUUUGCUGUGAUUUCUGAUAUAGACCUAAUUUGGUUAUUAAAAUAUGAUUUGUAUCUUCUUCUGUAUAAAUUCUUAAAUUGUAUUUCCUCAUUUAGUUUCAUAAUAAUAAGUCAUCUGUUUGUUCAGAAAAGUUUGUGAAUGUUGACAGACCCUUACUGUUGAAAUGCCUGUGUUUGGUGCAUAUACAAACUAAGAAGUAAGAAUUUUUUUUUAAAUUUUCUACUGUGUUACCUCUACUCUUGCAAUACUGGAUCCCCUUAACUCACAGCCACAGACCGUGGGAAGACCAGAGUUUCACCUUAUAAUAUCAGACAUUAAAUAUCUACUUUUAUCUAUACAGUACACAUAGAAGGCUAUGUGACUAUUUAGAAUUCAAUGUUUAUUUAGCAGUUCAUCUUUAGCUUACAUGUUCAUUAGUUCUGAGUAGAACCAAGAAAAACUAAUUGAAGAGUAUAUGCUUAUGUAUUAUCUCUUGCUGUGAUUUAACCAAUCUUGUUACAUGUAUUACUAAUAAAAGUCCCAGCUUGAUUGUAUUUCUGUAAUCCUGGCUCUGUGAAGCAAAGUUUUCUGUGUCAUUAUACAUUCCUUAAACAAUGAUAACAUUGAAAAACUGAUCAUCUAAGCAAGACUUUUGCUAAACUUGUUGUAGACUAACUUAUCCUCAGAGAAGAGCACAGAAAGGACUCUCUGUAUUUUAAUAGUUUAAAAACUGAGGUGGUGUGAAUAGAAACUUAGAUGCGUUUUACUGAAAUACGUUGCAAAUAGCAAAACUUUCAAAUUAUGACAUAAUGGAGGUUAAACUGAUUAUUUCUUCUCCAAAAUAAUGACUUUAUGUUAUUUAUACAUUUGCAAAUGUAUUUUUUUUAAUCUAGAUUUUUAACAACCAUCAUCAACACUUUUAGGCUUGAUAGGAGGCUAUUUCCUAAAUUGUGCUGGUCAGAGGUUAAAAAACAAUGUAAUUUUCUAUAGUCUUUAGCUCUUAAACUAGAUAAAUUUGGAUCUUUAAUUAGAAUCAUAACAUUUUGGAGCAGAGAAGAAUAUUAGAGAUCUUCUAAAAAUAUAAUAAUAUAAUAUUGUCCCUCUUUGUGUUAUAAGGCAUGAAAGGUGAUGCUGCUUAUUAUGAUAGGCAAAACUUUGUACAAUUUUGAACCAAAAUAACUAUCAUAAUAUAGAAUAGCCAACCUUAAGGAGACUUCAAAGAUUUUUCUUCAGUUAAACACUAAUAAUCAUGAAACAGAGUUUCAUCUUCUUAUUCUUAGACAAUAAAUUUAGUGGUAGUAUAAAGGAAACCAUUCACAGAUUUUUAUCUAGAAUGCCGGUGUCUCUCAUUAUCAAGAUUUUCAUUUGAGGGAGUAAAACUCCACCUUGUAAUUGAUGGGUAAUAGUCCUGAAGUCAUAAGAGCUGGGUUCAUAUUCCAGAUUUGUUCCUUACUGACCUUGAGUAAAUAAUUUAGCCUCACAUAUCAAAACCUUAUGAUCUGUAAUAUGGAUUAAUAAAAAUACUCAAUUACUGAGGGUAAUGUUACAUGACAAAUUGCAAAAGUGCAUAGAGGAGGCUUUUUAUUAAUGGUGACAAUAAGAAAAAGAUACCGUGUGCAUUUGGAUUAAAUGAAUUUUAAAACGAUUGAUCUGUAAUCUGCCAAAGGUUUAACAAAAACAGUAUCAUUAUCUUAAUAUCUUCUUUCCAUCAUAUUAAUACCCUAUUAUUUAUGAUUCUGGCAUUGUCUUUGGUUGAAACUAACUAGACACCAAUGUCCUGAUGAUCCGUACUACAGAGAACAUUUGUACAAAAAAGUAUUAAAGAUUGAUUAUCCUCAAUCAAAAUUAUUUAGAUAUCUGUUACUCUUUACACUUUAACAUUUAUCUUACGUACAAUAAUGAGGAUGAAAUAGACUUGCCUCCACUUUGAGCAACCCUAGGAAAUCAUUGGUAAAAUGCUGGUUUUCAGAUGCAAAUUUAUUGGUUGAAGGAGGCAGGGAGAUAGACAUUUUUUCAUGGACUGGAGGUACCAAUGAGAUGAAACUUUUUUUGUAAAUUAAUGUUUUGCCGUACUAAUGACUUCAUAGAAUGAUAUAUAGUUGAGACUGCUGACACCUAGUUAUCUGAAUACCACAUUUUCAAGGAAAAGCUAAGUAGAUAUAUUUCUGAGGUGUCUAUAUUGGAAAAAUAACAUAUAAUUAUCUUGAAAUAGUUAAAUAAUUGGCUAGUAUUCUCACAUACUUCAAGAUUUUGCUAAAAAUGUUAAGGAGACUAAAACCCACCACCCUGCUUAAUACUGCAAUUUGGCCCUCUCCUGAACUUCCAUACCGUGAUCUAGUUUUUCUUCAUAGAAAUUACUAUCUUUUAACAUACUUAAAAAAAAUUCUCAUUUAUUUUGUUUAUUUGUCUUCCUUUCACCAGAGGAAGGAAUCUGGUGAAGGCAGAAAUCUCUACCCUGCCCUGAUGUGUCUCAAGGGUCCCUAGAGCAGUGACUGGCACAAAUAGAUACUCAAUAAAUUCUUGUUUAAUGAUCAACUGGUUGGUUAGCUAAACAAGUUUGUCAAGUUUCCUUUGGGUUUUACUUUGGAUAUUUUUUCUUUCUCAUAGUACACUAAUUUUUAAAUUUCUUUUUCCUUUUUGCUCCAAGGUAAAUCUUUCUAUGAAGGAUAAACGAAGUCAACGAAAACAAAAAAGUUUUCGUAUUGUAUUGUGGGUCAAGUGGCCUCAGAUUUGACACUUUUUAUCUUUCUCAUUCCCUGUCCAAUGCAAGAAGCCUCUAGAAAUUUUGGAAAAGAUUUAAAAACCACUUUCACAACCACUGAUGGUCAAAGGUUUCUUUUCACGUUUUUCUAAUUAUCUCAGUCUUAAAUGAAUAUUUCUUUAAGAAAGGGACAGUAAUUAAUCUUUGCAUGUCUCUGUGUCUAUACAAGUAACAGGAAGAGGAUCCUGGAAGUUUGGCUUCUGAAUAGCAUGAUUCAUUGCGACGUUUUCAGGAAGGAUCUUUUGGCAAUUUGUGAUGGAAAGUUUCAAAAAAUGAAGUAGAUCUUAUAUUUUAUGGUCAUGUAGCUUAUCUUUCACUAAAAUAAAUAUAAAUUGAUUCAUUCUUCCGAGAUCAUCAAGUAGGCAUAAACACCCAAAAGCCUUUGAUUUUUCUUUCUCAGCACACAGAUACAUUAUUGUAUGUCCAAGUAGAUGACUUAUCAGUGAGUCCAGGUCCACAGCCGGCUGUCCUAAGCCAUAGAACCUGUGCUGAAGAACUACAGUGGUAGGAAAUCUUCGAAUUAAAAAGCAUCAACAGUACUACAGUGCCUGAGGCCAUAUUUUGCUUAAAAUGUAUGUCCUAUUACUUGUCCUUUCGAAAAGAGAGUGAGAGCUAAAGGGUUUCAUUCAAUCGUAGUCAUUAUUACUGUAAUCACCAAGGAGAUUCUGCUUUAUGUGGGACUGUUACAUGUGGUGUAAAGGCACAGCUUUUCAGAAUGGAUGUUUUCAUGGUUUAUAUUAAGAAAUGUAGCCACAUGUAUAAUAAUAACUACCAUUUUCAGGAUGUAUUCUUUUGCAUUCAUAUUAUACCUACUUAUAUAAAUGCCUAUUGCACAAAACUGCAGUUCUCCCUUUCUGUUUGGCUUGUUUGCCAUGUACCUACGACCCCAUGACAGUCCAUUCAGAAUAGGAGCAGCUGAAGUACUCUCUAUUAAUUAUUCGUGUUAACUUUCAAACAGGUAAAAUGCAGGGAUAUUCAAAGAACUAUGAACUGAGACUAAUAUUUUCUUUCAUGUUAAAAAUACUAUUUUAUUGCAUAACUCAGGUAUAGACUAUACAAUUACACUACUGAGACAAUGAAUAAGAUAAUUCAGAAAAUUAAAACAACUUAUGCUUUAUAAGGAAUUUCAAAGCAAUAUUUUAUUCUUUGGCUUGAGUUACCUGAGAAACUGACCCAGUUUUCCCUUUCAUUUUCUGGACUGGGCAUUAUAAAGUCUGUAGACAUUUGGAGAAAAUUAAAUUACUCCAUUUAAGGAAACAAUCAAAUUUAGAUUGGGCUAAACUGCUGCUAGAGGGAUGGAAAUCCCUAAAUUGUCCAAUUGUGAUUCCAUUUCACAGGGAAACCCUAGUUCACAAGUUAGCCAUAGGAUUUCAUAGAUUGCUAGUAGCAAAAUCUGCCAGAAAUCUUCCUCUAAACUCAGUGAACAGAUAAUGUUUGAUGCUAUACUGACCUAAAAGAAUGAUGUGAUGGCUUUUAACAGCUGUCUUUCAGGUGUUUAUUGUUUAAAUAAAACAAUACCUUGUCUGGCAAUCAGCAGAAAUGCGUUUUGAAUUGUUUUCUCAGCAGUGUGGUUGGAUUUACAUGGACCCAUCGGUACUUUCAGUGACCAGUGGCAUUCUUUUCCAGAGGACUGGCUGAAGUUAAGAGUCUUAAAGAGCAGUUGGAUUUGCACUGACCAAUGAGGUGGAAGAAGAGAGAAGCUGAUUGAUCCCAAAGAAAGCUAACACCUAGACUGAUGAAUGUGAGGACUCUUUGGUUUGGCAUUUGUCCUCAUUAUUUAUAGAACGAAUGCCAGUUAUUAGGCUAGGUUCCAGUUUAUUUCUUUUUUUUUUCUUUUUUUUUUUGUUUAACUACUUUAAGCAUGUUAUUCCCUGAACAGAGAGAAAGCCCAUAGGAGAACCACUCUUUAAUCAAACAUGUUCAAGUAGCUCACUUCCCUGUCAGAACAUCUGAACAGUUGCUCAAACAUCAGUGCAAACCUUGAGAUCAUUACUUUUGUUCUACCUAGUAGUUCUCAGAGGGACAGCCCAGAGCAGUUACUCACAUGUUUCACUCACAUUAAAACAUACUUGUCUAGUGUCCCAUGUCAUCAAUUCCCUGUGUAAGAACAGAUAAAUCAGUUAAAAAUAUGUGGCACUUUCAAAUACUAUCAUCUUGAUUUAUUGCAACAGGACAGGACCACUGAGAGAUUUAUCUUUGGCAAGGGGAUAAUUUUUGGUGCCAUCUUAAAUCACAUGCAAUAUGUAACCCUCUAUGUAUAGAGCUUCCCUAAAUUCUGAAGUUGAGGAACUCCCACAAUCACCUGGGAUGCAUUUUCUAAAAUACUGAUUUUUCAAGGAACUUAACAGAGGAUUUUAUUCACUAGGUUAUGGCAGAUUGGCAUCCUGUACUUUAAAAGAGAUCACUCCUUCCCCCAGAAGAUCUAAUGCCCAGUCACUUUGUGACUAGUGCUAUCAACUCAUUGAUUUGACCUUUGCCCUCCAAAAGCUGAGGACUUAAUCUUCACGGUGAGGAUUUUUGUUUUUUCCUUGCAGUGACAUGUACAACUUGAUAACUCACCUCAUAAUGCUUCUGCACUGAAAGACUUUUUUUGAUAAUAAAAAGAAUAAUUAUUAACUUGCUUUAAAAGAAGUUGCUCCAUUAUGAAAGGACUGAAAAAAAAUGUAGUUAUUCUAUUAGAUCUACCCUUCAUCCCUGAAACUAAAUUGUUAGUUUUCACAUUAGUAAAGAUGUCACUGAGCUCUUUCAAAUCUUGUUGUAAAGGUCAUUAAAAUUUUCAUUGUGUAGAGUUCAGACCAUGUGCUUUACAAAAAGACAAAACAAAAAUCAAAUUGAAUAUGUGGCAACUUUUAAACUUUUUAUGUAAUGCCCACCUAUGGACACUUUGCAAUAUGUUUUAGGAUCAUUCUCAAUAAUGUACAAUGGAAAAAGGAUCCAGACAAGGAAAAGCUAAACAGCAAAUACUGAGCUCACGUUUAAAAUCUGGCACAAAUAUAUCUUGAUGCAAUGGAAAAGGAUGAUGAUAAUGACCUUUUUUUCUGGAAAUUGUGGAGAAAGAACCAUUAAAUAAAACAGGAAUAUGUUGUAUCUACAAAAUUCAGGCUUUAUUGGGGUAGAAAUUUGGUCCAUGGAGUCUACUGAAAAAUAAUAGGCAGUAUUCUUAUUAGACAUUCAGAAAUGACAGACUCAGGUAUAGAAAUUAUACGGAAAUGUAUGGUAAGAUUUAAAAAAAAGUCUAUAAAGGAAGUGGUUGAAAGAUUAGUGUGAAUACAAGAAAAAGCAGGGAGAGAGUGAUGAGGGUGAUAAGGUCAAGCUCCUAUGGGGACAAGAACAUGAGAUUGUAAUGUUGUCACUGCAAGAGCAAGGUGUUACUCAUUUCUCCAAGUAGGAAUAGUUGUGAAAGAGUAAUGACAGCAGCCUGAGAGGGCAACUUUAGGGUCUAGGGAAGCUCUAUUCAUAGAUGGUUACAUGUUGCAUGUGAUUUGAGGGGGAUCCAAAAAUUAUCCCCUUGCCAAAGAUAAAUCUCUCAGUGGUCCCAUCUGUUGGCAAUAAAUCAUGAUGAUAGUAUUUGAAAGUGCCACAUAAUUUUAACUGAUGUAUCUGUUCUUAAGGAGGGAUUUGAUGAUAGGGGACACCAGACAAGUAUUUUUUAAUGUCAGUGGAACUUGUCAGAUGGCAUUGUCCAGCCCUUGAGUUAGCCCCAGUGAGAUCUAUGCAGAGUUGGAAGCCCUUAGCACAUUUGGCAUGGCUGAUUCCUGGAGUUAUAGAGGAAGCAGAAUCCAAUGAUAGACUGAAUCUUACUUUUUUGGUCAAAGAUUAGCUGUUAGCAGUAUAUAUUCAGUCAUUGCGCACACUGGCACUCCUACCCCAAACUAGGAAAAGUGGAUUAUUCUUUUUUUAGGAACACCAUUAUACCUAAUAUUUACCUCUAUUAUAAAGUUCUUUAGCUGGGUUGCAUUUAUUAUUGGUCAGUCACUGUUGUUAGAAUGUGAUACCCUUGAAGGCAGGGGCUUUGAUAUUUUCAGUUUUGAAUUAAGGAUAGAGCUUGGUACAUGAGAGAUGCUAAGGAAAUCUUGUUGCACAAGCAUAGCCAAGGAUCAUGGAGACUGGAGUUAAGUAGACCCACAUUUAGACCAUAGAUUCAUGAUGUAUCCGCUGUGUGGCUUAGGGAAAGUUAUCUGGCCUCUUUGAAACUCAUUUGUCUCAUUUGUAAAACACAGAUAGUAAAAUCUAAAAAUCUCUUUUAGCUAUGAGGAUGAAGUAUAUGAAUAUCGGUGAAGUGUGUAAUGUAUUUCUAGUGAAUAGUGAAUGCACAAUAGUGGAACAUGUGGCAGAGUAUUGGGUGUCUAAUCAUGAGUCAAAUAAAAUUAAUUUUCAAAGGAAACAACUAACUUUUUAAAUCACAAACUACAUGGAGGAAAGAUCAAAAAAGUCAAAGACAGUUAUCCUUUGUAUACAUAUUUUUAAAGCUCAUUAAAUCCCAAAUGUUAAGAAAGGAAGUAAAAUGGAAGGGGGCAGAAAGAGAAUUGCAAAAUAUUUUUGUGAUACAUUUUUUUUUGUUUCAUUUUAUGUGAUUUUCAUUAUUCUUAAUUCAAGAAAAAAAAAAAUAGCUGAGGCUAGUCUAAGAAUGCUGACCAGGAAAUAAUUUUGUCGUAAUUUUUGCCUCUAAGUAACAAAGGCGAGAUGUUUUCUUUAAUUUAUUUUUAAAUUUCCUUGAUUAGGGUAUUAAGAUCCUGCUUACAAUGAACUAGUUUUAGCAUAAAUCAGAUAAAGCCUUUUGUUCUACACUGCUCAAGAAGAAAAAGCUUAGCUUGCUUUUAACUUGUUUUGCCUAAUUGCUUUUCUCCAUUAGAAGAGAAUAUACCAUGGAAAAAAUAUAUAAUCCCUUCCUAUCCUUCAGUUCCCUUCUUGGGUGUGUUUUGGAGAGUUUGAAAUUAUAUGAAAGUUAUGAGAGAGUGAGAUAACUAUUCAAGAGAAAAUUAAGCUUGUUGGGGUGUGGGGAAAGGCGAGAUUCCUCACAUGAUUUGGUAGGUCUGUUAACACUUUAGGACUCAGAGAUAACACUUAAGUGAAUAGCAAUUUACUAGGAGCCAGAAAGUACAUGGUAAUGUGUUUUAAAUCAGUAUAAUUGUGAAGUCUACCACAAUCAGAAAAAUCACAGAAAUUGCUUUGGAAUGGAGAAGGACUUAAUUAACAAAUAAUGAAGUCACAAAUUUGACAAAAUCUUUAGAAGUCUCCUAGUCCAAAUGCCUAUUCAAACAAACUCCUCUGCUAGUUAAGUAAUGGGUGAUGAUGUAAACUCUGUUUAUGCUUUCAGAAGGCUGUACUUGUUACCUUGUUACCUCAUAAAGUCAUAAUGUUUUAAGGAGAGGUUUAAUUAUUAAAAAGUUUUUCUUUAUUUUAAUCAAAAUCUGCCUACUGAAACUAUUGCCAAUCAGCCAUCUGCAUGUUGUUUUGCUGAUUCUUAAGAUAGUUAUUGAAUUUAUCCGAUGUGCUGUGCUCUGUUUUCAAUUUCUCUAGAGUUAAAAACAUUAUGUCUAAUUUCUCAUUCACUUAAAAAAUACUUUCUAUAAAUAUAUUUCUCCACCCCAUCUUUAUUUUUUGUUGCUAUAAGAAAAUACCAUAAAUGUGUAAGUUAUAAAGAAAAUAAGUUUAUCCUCUUAUAGUGCUGCAGGCUGGGAAGUCGAAGAGCAUGGCACUAGCAACCAGUGAGGGCCUUCUUGCUGCAUCAUAACAUGUGGAGGGCAUCACAUGGUGAGAGGGUAAGAGAGUCCCUGCCAGCUCAGGUCUCUCUUCCUCUUCUUAAAGCCACCGGUCCCAUCAAGGGGGCUGCACACUCAUGAUCUUAUCUAAUCCUAAUUACCUCCUAAAGGACCCACUUCCAGUCAGCAUAUUAAUUUGAGGAUUAAGUUUUCAACACACAAAAUUUGGGGAACACAUUCAAACCAUAGCAACUCCUAUACCCAAAUUCAGAUUUUUCUCUUCCAUAUUUUAUUUUUUCGUUCUUUCAAACAGUCCUUCACAGUGCUGAAGACCUUUCCAUCUCUUUGCUGGUUGUCUCCUUCUCCUAAUCUUGGCAUGCUCUAAUUGUCAGGAUACCUCUUAAAGCCAAGUCUAAAAUUAAUUAUACUAUCCCUGGGUAUCUGAGCAAGGCAUAGUAAAAUGGAAGCAUUCUGUGGUUUUGGAAAUAAUACUUCCGUUAAUGCCAUCUAAAAUCAAAGGUAGGGGUGUGGUUGUGUGUUUUUGUGUGUGUGUGUGUGUGUGUGUGAAUGUGUGUAUGUAUUUUGGUCAGUGUUAUUGUUUUAUCAAUUCAUACUGAGCUUUUAGUCAGUUGAAACCUCUAAGUUUUUCCACAUGAACUGCUCAUAAGUCAGCCUUUCUGUACUCUACUCAAGAGUUGAUGUUGUCAGCCCACUUUAAAACAUGAAACAUUACUAUUCAAUUCUACCUUCAAUCAUUAAAAACAGUAAAUUAUCUACUAAGGGUCCUAUGCAAGAUGCUGUGAAUACAAACAUAAAUAAGGCUUGGUAUUUGUUCUAGAGGGAUUUAUAGCUCAGUAGGUGAAUACAUUUUUACAUGGAAUUCUCAUCAAUAGUUAAAAGCCCUGUAAUAUUAGUUAUUUACAGAAACCAACAUUCUUCAUUAGCUGAGUCUUGUUGAGUGAUGAGUGUUGGCUAGAGUGACAUUGUAGUGUAUUAGUUUUCUAUUGAUGCCAUAACAAAUUACUACAAAUGUAAUAGCUUAAACAACGUGAAUGUAUUAUCUCACUCUUCUGUAGGUCAGAAGUCUGGCAUGGAUAUCACUGGGGUAAAUUUGAUUUGUCAUCAAUGCUGCAUUUCUGUUAGAAGCACUUGCAAAGAAUCUGCUUUCUUCCUUUUCCAUCUUUUUUGAGGCUGCCUACAUUCCUUGGCUGGUGACUCCUUUCUUUCAUCUUCAAAGCCAGUAACCUUGCAUCUCUCAGACCAUCCUUCUGUAGUCACAUUUUCCUCUGACUCCUCUUCUGCUGUUUUCUUCCACUUGUAAGGAGCUUGUGACAACAUUGGGUCCAGGGUUCUUACCCUAUGGUUAGGUCAGCUGAUUAGCAAACUUAAUUAACAUCUUCAACCUUAAUUGCCUUUGCUAUCUUUAAGGGCAAAAAGAAUAAGGGCAUCUUUUUCUCACCCUUCGUAAAGGUCACAGCCAACACUCCUGUAAUGAAGGACAGAUUAACAAGAGAAAAGUAUAACAAACUUAGUUAGUCAAAGUUUCAUGUAACACAGGCACUUUCAGAGUUGAAGACCCAAAUACCCAGGGAAAACUGUGUACUUUUUAUACUGAGUUUCAAUGAAGAAUGAACCGCCAUGUAGAAAUGUGAUUGGACAAAAGAGUAUAAUCUAAUGGUAAUAAACUGAGGGGGGAAAUCCAGAAAGGUUGGUUUAUUUUUUUGUUUUUUUUUUGUUUGUUUGUUUUUUUGGUUUUUUUCAGAUUCUUCUCUUUGUAGUAUUUUUCCCUCCAGAGUAGAGGGCAAUGACAGUCUUCAAGGGAAAAGGGAGAGAGUGACCUUUCUAAAUUUUAUGGCUUACUUUAGGGGAGAAGACUUUUAGUUUCUAGACAGACCUUGGAGAAAUGCAAUUCUGGUUGCUAUGACUUGCUUCUGGGGAGAAAGAAGGGUGUGAGAGAGGAGGGCAGGAAAAGGUCAGAGACCUUGUUUCUGAGGCUUUUCCAAUCUCCUUCAGUUCCAAGUACUCAGCAUGCCAGGGUGCCAUACUUUGGGGUAUGUUCUGAGCCGCAACACAUGUAAUCCACAUGUAAUCCAACCUAUUCACAGGUUCUGGAGAUUAAGAUUUAUACAUCAUUGGGGUGCCAUUAUAUUUGUCUAGCAUAGGUAGACACAUUUCAGGCAGAAGCAUAAUGUAAGUAUGUAAGAGAAAUGCAGGUUGCAAGCAAUUGAGUAUUAAUGCAACAAGGGAACCUAAAGGAUGAAACUGGAGAAACAGAUAAAGGUCAAGAUGAUGGAAAGACUUAAGGAACAGGAUCAGAUUGGUUGUUUCAAAAGAUUAUUCUGGCAAGAGAACAGAUUUAAAAAAUGCAGAACCAAAGAUAAGAAAACAGCAUAGCAACAAUUAUUUAGUCAAGAAAGAUACCAGAAGCUUACACUAUUUUCCUAGCAUCAGAGGUGAAAAAGAAGUAAUAGAUUUGAUAUGUGCUAAGGAGUUAGGGUCUAUGGGGUUUGUUGGUUGAUUAGUUACAAAGAUGUGGGCACGACUGAAGUCAAGAUUGAUUCCCAGAUUUUCAUGAUAAGACUCUAGGUGAAUGGUGAUAUCAUUUAUAGUAUGGAUUACUGAAGAGAAAGUAGAGAUGAGGAGUCAAAGGAAGAGAAAUGCUUCUGAUUUCCAUUUUAGUACAUGGAUAUAAGUAAGCUAUAUUUUAUCCUCGUAUGUAAUUCUAUCCCUGUGUUAUCUACAAAUAUGAUAUUAAUCUACUUGGUAUUUUUAAUGGAAAAAAGUGUGGUAGAGAAUAGAGUCCUCAGAGUGCCAGUAGGGAUAACCUUAGUGCCCCUAGUGUAACCACCACUGUCACAUCAAUCUGAAUCCACUAUAUAACACCAUUCAACCAGCUUUGACUCUGUACUAUUAGCCAGGUCAUAUUUCUGCACAUAUUCCAAAAUUUGUCUUAAUAAACUUAGUCUAGUGCCUUGCUUAAGCAUUUAAUAGACUGUCUAAAUCAUGAAGCAACAUUGGGGAAGUUAUUUCUAUUCAAUAGUGUUAAAUAUUUAAGUAAUUAAUUCACUUUAUCUUCCAUUUUAAUAAACACAUCAACCCAGGCAACUCUAUGUGUAAAUUCUAUUCAAAGCCCUUUGUGGAACAUAAAUACAUAUGUCAUGUUUAUAAAUAUGUAAAAUAUAAAAUAUAGUGACCAUAUAGGAGAGCAAGAGAUGAAUUCUUACUGGAAAAAAAGUGCUUGGAUAAGUGGUAGCUGACAGGGAAGAGAUGAGAAAUGAGGAUAGAUUCACUGGGAAAGAGGACACCUGAAAGAAAGAACAGUGUCAUUAGAAAUAUUGGAACAGCUUCAUGCAAAGCAUGAUUAUAGUGAGGGAUGUUGUGUGGCUGCAACACAAAUGUGGCUGCAAGGGAGGUUUGGAAUGAAAGAAUUGGUAGCUUUCUGGUUCAUAGAUGUAGUUAUUUUUAAUUGAAUUUGAAAGUCAUUGGGCAGCACAUAGCCUCUCCAAAUUUUCGCUAGGCUCUCUUACUCCCUACUGUGUGCCCUAACCAGAUUCACACAUUUAUGUUUCUUACCAGGUUCCUUAAAUAGCUGCGUUUAUAACCCUGGAUUUAUAAACUUAUUUUGCAGUCAACACACAGUGUGUGUCAGAGGGUUGGGGAUGGAUGCUACCAUUAUCAGAGUCCCACUUUAAAAAUACAUCUUAAUGGCAGAGUGAAUUCCAAGUUACAGUGCUGAGGAAAGGUGGGAUCAUUAGAGGAAGGUGAAUAAGCUAAGAGGUUGUUUAAAACGUUAAGAUAAAAGUGGGCUGAACUGUGAUGAUAAUAUGAGGAAAAGAAGGAAAGGACCAAACAUGAGAAACUAGAUUUACAAUUUCAUUAGGACAUGGCCUGGGUCUUGUUCUUUCAGUGGGACAAAUCACAAAGUAGAUAAUAAGAAAAUGAAUGAAUGAAGAAGACAUUGGAGUAGUUGAAUUGGAUGUGAGAAGUGAAAGGAAAGAACUGAAGGCGACUUGAAGAGCCUGGAUAUAAGUACCCAGAAGGAUUAUGCUUCUGAAAGUGCCUGCGGGAGAAUAACAUUCAUCUUAGAUCAAGUUCUAAGAAGACAUCCAGGGAGACAACAUUCAGCAGCGAUGAAAAUAUGAAUAUGGUUCUCAGGAUAGAGAUUAUAAUGAAAAGGGAAUAUGAAAAUUAAGAAAGUUUAUUUCAACUCAGCAAAAAUAUUAUGUAUCAAGAUAAAAUACAGAUUAGUAAUCUUUUUAAAAAGAAAGGUCUGAUCAUUUAAUGCAGACACAUUGUUUCAUGGAUGAAGAAACCGAAUAACAAGUGUUUUGCCUAAAGUUAAUCAACUGGUAAAUGGGAGAGUUAGCUCUAGCACAGAAAAGGACAUUCCUUGUAUUGCAUCAACAGUUUACUGCACUACCUCUGACAUCCCCCCACAAGUUUCCACACGGGCCCAUUGCCUACUUAGAAGAGAACCAUUUUACCAUCGUUUAUGUUCCCAAAUAUGAACUUGGGUAUAUUUGUAAAAUUCAUGUAUGGACUAUUUAAUACUUAGGGAUUUCAAGAUACCUUUUCUAAAUUUCAAGACCUAGUAGAAAGAGAGUGGGGCUGCAAGGAAGCCUAGGGUGAAAGCUACCAGCUUUAUUUUAUGUCAUUUUUUAAAAUUAUUAUUAUACUUUAAUUUCUAGUAUUCUGGCCUGGCCACUCUAACUUGUCUCAUGUAUUUCAGUCAAAUUGCUGUUAUGGAACAAACUGGAUUCUUCAGUUCUAAAUUUCACAGAAUUAUGUAAGGCUAAUGGAUUUCAGGUGAUGCCUUACUGAGCCUAAGGGUUCUGGGGAGGGACCUGAGGACCACUGCUGGGGCUUAAGAGUGCGGAAAGAGCAGGACUUGGAGCCCUUGCCCUGAUUCCAGCAGAGACAUAGUCUUUUCUCUGUUUUAACAUUGGGCUUUCUCCCAUGAUUGUCUAUAAAGGAAGGGUCUCUUAUUUUAAAAUAUUUGAUAACUACUGCUAGAGGUUAUUAAUCUCAGGGCUACAGCCAGUGUUUCAGAUCUUACUGUCUUGUAUUUGUGGAUUAUAUUAGAACACUCCAAAUCUCAUUAUUUCAAAUGAGUAAAUCACAGAAGUUCAAUUUUAUCCUGAAAGUACCUUUGAGCCAUUCAGCUCUGAGCCAAGCAUCAUCUCUCUCUGGCUUUUGCCAACACAGCUCCCUUUGCCUAAGGACGUAUUGAGAGGAAAGAAUUUCAAGUUUUCACAACGAAAGGAGAGGCUUUCCAUUAGAAGAAGAUACAAGUAAGCCCCAUUUUAUCCUGUGUUAUAAUUUACAGAAUGCUUAUGGACAAGGCCCAUAAGGUAUGUUGUGGGGGUGGGGCUAUGAUAUUGUGGUACACUGAGAGCACAUGUCACUACAAAAAACAAAAACAAAAACAAAAAAACACCUCCCCCAGAAUACUUCUAUAAUAAUUCUUCAGUUAAAGAUGAAUUAACAGUUAGUUACCUCCAAGACCAUCAACAUAAUAGAAACAGUUAUUAUGCAAAGCUUUAUUUGAACCAUGUUAAUGUCUUCCUAUAGUUAGAUUGAAUUCAGCUUCAGUAUGGUUUAGAUUGAAGAAAAGUCAUUUUGGUCAACAAGACUAAAGAGAGAGUUAAAAUUUAGGUUGGCGAGGUCUGGUAGUGAAUACCUAGAAAGCAGAGAACAUAAAGAGAUUGCAAAGGGUCCUCAAAUGAAUUCCAGUAUCUUACUUAUUUUAGUUUAUCUUUUAAAAAAAGUUCUGGCCCUGUCUAAAUAAACAUAGCUUUAUUCUUCCUGGUAACAUUAUCUCUGAAAAAUAAUAUGUUGGUGCUGGUUGGGAAUACAUGCCCAAUAUCUUCUUGAAUAAAGUGAUAUUAUUGUAAUUUUCUACUUUUCUCAGCAGCUUCAUCUUUUAUUCAUAAAUACUUGUUUUUGGUUUGUAAAAGCAGUUUUCUAAAUGUACUUCCUCUUCCCUUCCUUAUCAUUUUCUAAUUAUAACAGUAGUAGUAGUUCUGAUUUAGGUAAACUUAUAGAAUAAUACAUUAAAUUAAUAUAUUAAUUCAUUUUUGACUUGUAAAAAGCAUUUUCUUGUCUGUUAUAAUAACUAUCUGAGAUAAAGGGACAAUGACAUUUGACUUCCUUUUUGCAGAUAAGAAAAAAUAACCAAGAUAAAAACUUUUCCACAUUACACAGUAAGGAAAUAGCAAGUCAGAACCUGAUGGUGAAAGCUAAAGCUCCCCACUAAGGUCAAACUACACCAUGUAUGGGUUUUUACCAGGGUGCUGUAAUAUAUUCUCAGCACUCCCAAGUUACAUGGUAUCUUAGAAGAUCAGGAGAUGUACUAUUUCUCGAUACAUCCAGUGCUGUCUCACAAAUUGAAUUAGAAAACAAAAUUAACUGAUGUUGUUUCACUGGUAGUGUUUUCCAAGAUAAGCUAAAAUGAUUUCUGGUUUAGAGUUAUGAAAAUCCUUCGUUUAGAAUUUUUUUAUGUAGAUCUAGUACAUUAAUAUUUAUGACCUCUUUUUUUUUCAGUUCCCGAGAAAACUUGUUUUUAUUCUUCUUCUAUUCUAAACUCAGAAUGUGAUUCAACAUUUGCUUUAUUUUUUUUCUAAUUUGUGUCUGUUUUUACUUCAGUGAUUCUAAGCAAAAUGAAUAAAUGUUUUGGUAUAAUGAAUAUUGCUGAGAAUAAAUGCAUUUUCUUUGUCUUGCCCUGGUUAAAGAAUAUUUCUAGAUGCUGACGAGUGAAUUAAUGAUAUUUCAGACUCCUCAUCAUCUAAUAAAGCCAUCCUUCUCAGUGGCCAAUUGAGGUUAGGCUUUUCUAAAGGAAAAAAAAUAGUACAUUAUUACACUCACUUUCUUAAUCUAAUGGCUCUAACUUUGCUUUGGAGAACUUCAUGACUUUCCCACCAAAUUCUAGUUUGGUAUAGAAGCAAGUAAUGUUCUAUUCAUUAAUAUGGGAAGGACAGCAUAUGGGAGGUUAUUUAACUCCUUAGUGUCUCCAUCUUCCAUUCGCCAUGCAUGUUGCAAUGAUAAAUGAAAACAUUUUUAAACAUUUUGAAAGCUUGAAAACCUAUUUAGUGAAUACAAAUUAGCACAUUAUUGCUGUAACUCACAUUUACUAAAGAACUUGUGGACUAUUGGCAGUUUCUUUGGAUUGUUUAGUCUGUUUUUGAUUACCUACUGGUCAAAUCACAUUUUUUUUCUUAGUGUCACGUGAUAUCGAACUAUUGUUGAACUUUCCUUUUAAGAUUGUAAGAUUUAUUUGAAAUCCUUUAAUGAAGUUCUUGCUUGUAUAUAACUUUGUACCAGGACCCCAGGUGGAGAACUUUGAAAACAUAAUUAAUGUUUUCUCAUCUUUAUUUUCUUUCUUUUUUUGCGGGGACGGAGUCUUGCUCUUUCACCCAGGCUGGAGUGCAGUGGCGCAAUCCUGGCUCACUGCAAGUUCUACCUCCUAGAUUGAUGUCAUUCUCCUGCCUCAGCCUCCUGAGUAGCUGGGACUACAGGUGCCUCCCACCAUGCCUGGCUAAUUUUUUUUUGUAUUUUUAGUAGAGACUGGUUUUCACCAUGUUAGCCAGGAUGGUCUUGAUCUCCUGACCUUGUGAUCCGCCCGCCUCAGCCUCCCAAAGUGCUGGGAUUACAGGUGUGAGCCUCCGUACCCAGCCUCAUCUUUGUUUUCUUUAUUGGAUAUUAAUUCAUUCUGUUCACUCAGUUCAAAUUUAUUGAAUCCCCUCUUGUGGGCUCAGGGGAACAGGGAAAUGAACAGAUGAAAAUCAUGGAUCAUGGUACUCACAUUUUAAUGGUAUGAAACAAGCAUUAACAAAAACAACAAAAGCCAGAUAAAUAGUGUGUCAGAUAGUGAUACCUUCUGUAGAGAAAAAAAUUAGUGAAUGGGACACAGGAGUGUACCGAUGAGAAAAGGAGGUGUAAUUUUUACAUGAGGUUGUCAGGUAAGGCCUUCACUGGCAGCAUGACAUUUGAGAGAGUUGAAGAGGUGAUUCAAUAUGAGUUCAAUUUUCUUGAUUCUUAGGAGAACCAUCUCUUCCUUUCUACCUCCAGUGAGCUCAGUCUAAUCCAGGUAGCACUCAUCACCUCGUUCUUGCAUUACAUCAUUCCUGCCAGCUGCUUUAGCUGGUUUCUCUUAGUUAGGUUUCACCCUCUCUGGCUUGUACAACAUCACGGAAUGCCGUUGCUCAGAAAUGUGCAAAUGUUCCCUUAUUACCUGUCAUAUCAAUUACAGGCUCCUCCACAUUAUUUUCCUACUAUUUAAGAGCCCUAUUUAUUUAAUAAUUUUACUUUUAAUCCUCACUCUGACAAAUAGGUCUGUUCAUGCUAUCUUGAGUAAGCCAUACUUGUUUCCAAUUCUAUUUUCUUACUUGUACCCGCCUUCCCACCUGAAAUGCCUUCCGUUUUCUAAAUAUUUUACCCAAGUGAUUGGGUUUGUUUAGUUGAUACUGACAAAUAUGCUUAUAAUAGAAAGUAAAACUGACUUAGACCUAAUAACCUCAACUGAAGGCUGAUCCCAAGUACAUACUAAGGGUUUUAGAACUGUUCUUAAAGGGUGAACUCCCAGAUACUUACCCUUCCACUGGAGAGUUGAAGUGUAAUGUGAUAUAGGAUAUGGUGAGGUUUGGAGAUUUAAAGGAUUGGGAUCUAUUAUGCACUUACAAAUCCCACAUUGUCCAACAUGUUGUGGACACUAGGCCUUUAGGCUGAUCCCUGUCACAAAGGGGAAACUUACAUUCAGCAAGGUUUAAUUUCUUGUGAGUAGCCAUGGGGAGAUAUUAUUUAUUUGUAUUGCUCAGCCUUCUCUUGAUAAUAUUCAUGUUACUCUAGAUUGAUUAAUUCUCUGAUUAUUUUAUGGUUAGAUGCUUAAUUUACACACAAAAAAAUCCCUUUUGGUAUAUUUCAUGUCUUGUCUCUUCAGUUAUUACAUAUUUUAAAAUACCUCUGUGUGCCUAAUAUCAGUACAUCUUCUGUAUCUCCCAUGACGUCUAAUAAACUGCUAUAAUUCACGUUCAAAAAUUCUUGCUAAUUAGUUUGAUGUGGAAGGUUUCAACAACCUGACGUUUAUGCUUCUUAAACUGCAGUUCAUGUAUUUGACAUAAUUCUGCCAGAUAUCAAAAGUUCUAUAACAUCACCAACGUGGGGUUACAUCAAAGAAAAAUAAUGUCAUAAGAACCUAUAAAUUCUUUGUAUAGUCUGUUGUCACAUUUCCCUGCUUGUCUUUCUACAGACUUUCUUUAAUACAUCCUGCAAAAUAUUAGAAAAAAAACAAAUUAACUGUCUCUUCAAGGAGGGCUUUGACAUAAUCUACCCCCUUUUUUUAAUUUUUAAAAAAAUUUUCUCUCUGGUAAUCUUGUUACUUCACAGGGUUACCCUUAUACAGUAAUAUAAACUUGGGGGAAGCAGGGCCCACAUCUACUAAUCCUUGUCUGGAGAGAAGAAAAUGAAAAGGCCUCUAAUGUGGCAGAGGGUGUCCCUAAAAUUGAAUAAACACAGUGUAGUGGGAAGACCCUCCUUUUAAGACACAUCUCACCUUAUUCUAUUUGUCAUUGUCAAAGCAUUUAAUGUUCCAAGCCUUCUGCAACCGGUUUUAUCUGAUACAUUUUCAAUUGUACUGCAUCGGAAAUUGGAGUGAUGUGCACUUCAGAAAUUACGGUGGAAUCUGGAUAAUUCAAAUUAUUGAUGUGGCGAUUUGCUGCAGAUGCUUAAAUUUUGUGAGCUUCGAAGUAAGUGAAAAUCAGGAUUAAAAGUCAACCUAUUGCUUCAGAAUAUGGUUCAUUUAUUUUAGCGACUGUAGUUUAAUUUUAAUUAUUUAUGUCUCUGCUGAAUAGUUCUUCGGCAAAUGCUCCAUGGAAAAUACAUCAUCUUCUUUUUCAAGCUGUGUCUGCAUUCAGAAGUCUUAACUCUCUGUUUGACAGGUAUUUCUUUGAGUCAUCUAUAUUAGGAAAUAAUUUUUAAUCUGUCUGCAAGAAUCCUGAAUUUGCUUUCCAGAAUAGGUACUACAUUCAAAAUCUAGUAUGACUUCUUAGGCAUUUAAUAUUCUGAACAGAAAGCUUCCAUAGAAAUCUUUUAUUCUGGUUAAAAAAAACCCAACUAAAUAAUUUACUCUUUUAAUUAUAUUUCACUGUUAAUGAUGUCCAUCAACACUUAUUUAAAUGUAUUUUCAAAGCAUUCAUUUCUGAAGAAUAAAUUAUAAAUGUGCUUUUUAUAUUAAGCAAUUAAUUUCAUAGGAAAAUUAAAUUUUUGAAAUGUGGGAAUUUAGAUUGUAGAACAAUUGAAUGAUAACCUCAUAGAAUAUUAUAGCAAAGUUGAAUCCUAGGAAGAGCACAAUAUCCCAUUUCAUUUUCUACCUCCCUACGGAUAUAUGCAUGUCUUUCAUUUGACAUUUCAUAAAAAUGUGUUAUAAUUAUUGAUAACCAAUAGUAGGAUAACUUUGAAAAUAAAACUCUUUAAAAAGUGUGUCCUUUUUAAGAUUAGACAUGUUAGACAUGCCACUUCCUCUCUUAUACAUCUUUGGAAAAGGGCUACAGAUAGAAGCCAGAAUGGCCCAUAUUUAAAAAAUAAAACUGCAAUUAAAAUCUUUGAUAGUUACACUGAAAGCAGUAAGAAAGUGUUGGAAAUCUCUGCAAGGGACAGUCCUAAGAGGGAAUGAACUGUAUAAAAAAAGAAAAUUUUUGAGGAAAAAGUUUGAAGAUGAAAGGAUUCUUCAUAUAGAAACAAAGAAACAGUGACAUAAAGUUAUUCAGACAUUGACUGAAUAGAGCCACAGCUAACAACAACUUAAUAGGAGAACUUUAUCUUUAAGCUUAACAAAAUUUCUAGACCUAAUGCAAUUCAAGAAAUAUCUGGAAAUUAUUGUGUGACCUGGCAUAUCUAAACUAAACUUGUCCUAUAAUUUUCUAGUUCAAACUAUAGUGGAAGAUAUACUGUAGUGAUUAUUCAAUCCAUUCUGAUCAAUUAUGACUCUUAUGUUUUGUUUUUGCUACCAUCAAUUUUAUGGAGGAAUACAGUAAAUAGAACCCAUUUAAAGUGCACACUUUGAUGAAUUUUGACAAUUGUUUACACUUGUGAAACAAUGCUACAACCAAGAUACAGAACAUUCCCAAAGAUUAUGAAGAUUCUUUAUACUCCUUUAUAAAGUCCAUUCUCACACCUUCCCUUGGAUCUGGGCAACCACUGAUUUUCCUUUUGUCACCAUAGAAUAGUCUUCAUUUCGUUUAAAUGGAAUCACCAAGUAU